UGUUGGGCCCUUGAGAGCUCUACAGUUUCUAUCAACACAAAGUGACGAUCUAGUCCAUACAGACCUUUUGACGGAAAUGUCCAGCCAGUUUAAAGUCUUCUGCGUCUUGAUCUUGGCGACUGCUGCUAGGGCAGCUUAUGUAAACAUGUUGGGUCAGCCGUUUGAUUUCAAAUGUCCGGCUGGUCAAGCCAUCAGCGCCAUCUCCAGUGUGUACGACAAUCUGAUGGAGGACAGGCAGUGGUCAGUGACCUGUAGAGCUGCCAACCUGACCAACAGCUGCACGCACAGUGGCUACGUUAACGGCUUUGGGUCUCCUCUGUCCUACACUUGCCCUGGGAAAAAAGUUCUAACCGGAAUUCAGAGUUACCAUGACAACCAAGUUGAGGACCGCAGGUUCAACUUCCAGUGCUGCGCCGUGAGCAAGAGGACACCACGUGACUGUCAUACAACCAGUGACGUCAACACGAUGGGGGGCCCACUGACCCUAGAAGUCCCGGCCAACAGCGUUAUCAAGGGAGCUUACAGCGUCCAUGACGUCACAUUUGAGGACAGAACCUGGAAGUUCCAGGUCUGCAGAAUGUAAACAUGCUUUUGGUUCCUUAGAUAUUGGAAGAACUAAAGCUGUCUAAAUCCUUAGAUAUUGGAAGAACUAAAGCUGUCUAAAUCCUUAGAUAUUGGAAGAACUAAAGCUGUCUAAAUCAUUAGAUAUUGGAAGAACUAAAGCUGUCUAAAUCCUUAGAUAUUGGAAGAACUAAAGCUGUCUAAAUCCUUAGAUAUUGGAACAACUAAAGCUGUCUAAAUCCUUAGAUAUUGGAAGAACUAAAGCUGUUUAUAAACUUGUCUGAGUUUAACAAUAAAAAUAAAACGUUGCUCAAAGC